GGAAAAGAGGAAGAAGAAGUGAGGUUGAAGAAGGAGAGUUGACAUUCACAGUCACGUUUCCAUAUCAACCAUCUUUAAGCUCAAGAAUGCACCGAACAAUAAUGCUUUUAGCUUCACCCGAUAAAAAUCACCAGAUUAGCAAGAGUCUAAUAUCCAAACCCACUUUGACCGCUAUAAACAUGGUUGCAUCCCACCCUUCUGCCAUGAAUCAGUACCAUCAUGCGUCUCUCCCUCUUCACUACGCUGGCCACUCUGGCAGCAGUGAUUCCCUCUCUGGCUAUCCCAGACCAUGUUGACUCCCUAUCUCACAAAGGACUUGCCAAUUUAAGGGACUUCGAAGCCAGCCAUUCUGGGAAAACUUGCACCCUGGAAAAUGCAGCCGUGCGUCGAGAAUGGGGCUCAUUGAGUCCAGCUGAUCGCAAGAAAUACACGGAUGCCAUGCUAUGCCUCAUGUCCAAACCGCCUCGUUUCAGUCGAGACAAAGUACCAGGGGCACGCAAUCGAUAUGAUGAUUUUGUUGCCGUGCAUAUUAACCAGACCAUGACAAUUCAUGGAACAGGCAACUUUCUCACCUGGCAUCGCUACUUCACCUGGACCUUUGAACAGGCCCUCCGCAACGAAUGCGGUUACGAUGGUUAUCAGCCCUACUGGGCCUGGGAGAAAUAUGCCCAUGAUCCCAUCCAUUCGCCUGUCUUUGAUGGGUCUGAAUUCAGUCUUUCAGGAAAUGGAGAGUACGUCCCUCACAACGGUACUCCAGCUACAGCGUAUACCACUCUUCCCGCUGGUCGAGGCGGAGGAUGUGUAACAACAGGUCCAUUCAAAAACAUGACGGUGAACCUCGGCCCCGUCUCCCCAACCCUCCAAGUCCCCGGCAUUGUAGCCCAGAAUGGCAGUGGAUUCGACUAUAAUCCCCGCUGUCUCCGUCGCGAUAUCUCCGUCGACGCCUCAAUGGGCUGGACCAAAGAUAGCGACGUUGCAGGCUUAAUCAAGAACUACACCACCAUCGACCCCUUCCAAACCACCAUGCAGGGUAACUUCCCUGCGGGAUAUCUAGGCGUUCAUACAGCAGGCCACUUCACCAUCGGCGGCGACCCAGGUGGCGAUCUCUUCGUUUCACCCGGUGACCCGGCGUUUUUCGUCCACCAUGCCAUGAUCGACCGGGUGUUUUGGAUUUGGCAGAAUCUGGAUCCUGCUAAUCGACGGGAUAAAGUUUCGGGGACGAUUACGAUGAUGAAUACGCCUCCUUCGCGGAAUGCUACGUUGGAUGAUAUUGUGGAUUUGGAUUUGUUAGCUGAGCCGUAUCGGCUGGGAGACUUGUUGGAUACGACUGCUGGGCCAUUUUGUUAUGUUUACACUUAG